CACAGAUGUCUCCCCUCACUCGCUGUCCUUCCCUGCCGUUAGCGCGCUACCGCUUAGCCGCCACCUCGCCGGAGCGGACCGCUGCCUCUCUCUCUCCGUGACAUCCGCGCGUACGUACGCCCGCGCGUGUGUCACUGUGUGUGUGUGUGUCUGAGACAGCAGAGAGAGAGACAGAAAAGAGAGAGAGAGUGCAGGGAGCAGGCUUCUCAUUAGUCUCCAUUCUUCUGUGUUUUUUUUUUGGUUAGUUUUUUUUCCCCCUGCUCUCUCUCUUCUUCCCGGCUGAGGACUUGAAUCCUAGUGUCAGCUUCCUCAUCGGGGAUAAAAAAAAAAAAACCUCGUAAGAAGGGGGGCUGCUUUGAAUGCUGCCUGCGUUUCAAAGAGAGGAGAGAGGAGAGGAAGAGGAACGGAGGAGAGCGAGCGGAGACCAGGACGGAUUGUAGAGAUGGUUGGGAGUUCUCGCACAGCAUGCGCUGGGAAUAGCAGUUCAUUCCAGCUCUUCGACUAAGGGGCUGGCUCCGAGGACGUGACUCCGCGUCGGACUGAAUGCCCCUGGGCCGCCCCGGCUCCCCCGGCUUCUCCUGCACGCUCCCGCUUUCGGCUUCGGCCAUCCGCAGUUCGGGAUCGGAAGCGCAUGGGACCCCCUCGUCGGAAUAGCCAGCGUACGAGGCGGCGGUAGAGAGAGAUCGUCGACUUCAGGCCUGGCUAAAGGGACAGUGAUAUUCGCGCUUGGACGGAGGAGUUGUGCACUCCUCGGGUCAUGGUCAGCUGAGAGUCUCCUGAAAGCAGCGCGCAGUCUCUGCUGCGAUCCUGGGUGUGGCCAUGAGCACCUUACAGUCGUAGGUAAUGACGAAGACUGAGCCUGACUCUGGAGAUGCUGAAGAGAAGAGACGUCCUUGCCAUCGUGUUGAUCGUGUUACCGUGGACCCUGCUCAUCACCGUCUGGCAUCAAAGUGCGAUCGCUCCUCUGCUGGCCAUCCGCAAGGAUGACCGGGGGACCACCAGGAGAGACACAGGCCAGGGUUCGGACUCCAAGGAGUACUGCUCUCCCGACAAAGACAUAGUGGAGGUGGUUCGGACCGAGUAUGUGUACACCCGGCCCCCGCCCUGGUCCGACGUUCUCCCCACCAUCCACGUCAUCACGCCCACCUACAGCCGGCCGGUGCAGAAGGCCGAGCUCACCCGGCUGGCCAACACCUUCCUGCACGUGGCCAACCUGCACUGGAUCCUGGUGGAGGACUCGCAGAGGCAGACCCCGCUGGUGACGCAGCUGCUGCGCGAGACGGGCCUGAACUACACCCACCUGAACGUGGAGACGCCGCGCAACUACAAGCUGAGGGGCGACGCCCGCGACCCGCGCAUCCCGCGCGGCACCAUGCAGAGGAACCUGGCCCUGCGCUGGCUCCGCGAGACCUUCAGCGCCAACGGCACCCAGCCGGGCAUCGUCUACUUCGCCGACGACGACAACACCUACAGCCUGGAGCUGUUUGAGGAGAUGCGACUGACCCGGAAGGUGUCUGUGUGGCCAGUGGCCUUCGUGGGGGGUCUCCGGUACGAGUCGCCCAAGGUCAACGCCGCCGGCAAGGUGUACGGCUGGAAGACGGUGUUCGACCCCCACCGGCCCUUCGCCAUCGACAUGGCGGGCUUCGCCGUCAACCUCCGCCUCAUCCUCUUCAAGCCGCAGGCCUACUUCAAGCUGCGCGGCGUCAAGGGCGGCUACCAGGAGAGCAGCCUGCUGAGAGAACUGGUCACCCUCAACGACCUGGAGCCCAAAGCGGCCAAUUGCACUAAGAUUCUCGUAUGGCACACCAGGACAGAAAAACCUGUCCUCGUCAACGAGGGAAAGAAAGGAUUCACCGACCCCAACGUGGAGAUCUGAGGCCGCCUCUAACACGGGUACUUUCUAUUGGCUGGGCCUUGGGGGACACUGGACAGCCAUUGGACAGGCCUGGCAGAAUUGAACGGUGAUGCCGCUCCACUUCAGGGACCGUAGAGUACUUUCAGAAGAAUCCCCCAUCAUAACUGUCAACUAAAAACAGAACAAACACUUACAACGCAAUGACCGUGAUGUACAAAUAAAUGUAAAAAAAAUUAAAUAAGCACAGAUUAGUACAAGAAGGCAAUAUUUAUUAAUUUUAGUGUUGAAAUGAUAUAAUAAUGACAGGCAGAAGACCCAGGCAGUGGGAAGAGCAUCUCAAAAUGGCCGAUAUGUUUGAUUUUUUGGGGGGGUUGGUGGGGGGUUAGGGGUUGUUGUUUGUAUUUUAAUUUUUUCAUUUUAGGGUUUUUUUUGUUGUUCUUUUUUAAUGUCUGCAUGGUGUGAUAUGACAAUUACGGCAUCCAAUCCAGAGAAGCAGCCACCCCCAUUCCAUCGACAAGGCAAAUGGCAUCGAUGUCACUCACCCGGGAGCCGACCAAUCACAGUGCGUCUUCAACUGUCACCCGUUCAUUGGUCGUUUGGCCAUGUGCCCUGAACUCACUUUUGCGGGUGGCAGCGUGGGUGCUUGUCUGAACUGAGACAGCAGCUAUGCAUGGACUGGUCGAAGAUGACAAAAUGGCCGCCGGCCUUAAGCCCAAGUCCUGCCCCAGUCCCAUCUCCCUCUCAAACAAACGUGGCAUCAGCAGGGGCACAGGACUUCUGCUCGUCUUUUGGCACAUAAGGUUUUAAAAACGGAUGGAUUGCUUUUAGCUUUACUUGCCUCCCUUAACAUCUUAAUUUCUUUAUGUUUAAUGUUUACACGCAUUUUACUGGUUGUCCCAAUACUACUGAAUCCUGUCUUGAUUCCAGACUUUAGUCUGAGGUACAGGGUCAUGUGUCAUGUAAAGAAUUGUCAUAAAAUGUCUACUGAAGCUGACACUACCCCUAAAAAAUGGCACACUGCUGAUAUUUAUGGAAUUUGUACAUUUGCUCCUACUUAAAUUGUUUCAUGAUAUUGCAAGGUGGGUUUCCUGAACAUGGCUUGGCAUUUUGCUGCAUUAGAGAUUAUUUUAUCUCUGUUAUGAUUCAUGUACUCGUGCUUCUCUGACAGUCGGACACUUGUUUUUGUUAAAGUGUUCAUUUAUUUCCCCGUUCGGUUAGAGAGGGAAAGUGAAAGAUCAAUAAAAUGCUACAGGCCACCAUUAAAAA